GCCACAUCCAGUGAACGGACACCGUAGCCAUGCUAGCACCAGGUCAGGAAACAUGGGUUGGCCAUGCUAAGCUACUGCAUGCCAUCAGUUACCUGGCAUGAACAGUCAAAAAUAUCUUUCAUGGUGUUGCUGCAGCAGCAGUUUGAAAGGACUUAGCUCUUGUUGGAAGCUGCCAGAUCCUGCUGCACUCAGCUGCUUCUGUGGGCCGUAAUUGAAACCAUUUGUGGAUCAGGUGGAAUUCUGGGACUUCUGGGCCUCACCUCAAACUCCCAAAAAAGUCCUCACAAGGAAGAGGUCAGCGACUCCAGCACCGAAUGCUUUGACUCACAGCAGUAGAUGUGGAAUAUUUCAAACUGAUGGUUUCCAAAUAUCAAGAGAAGAGCUGGCAAAAGUGCAGGGAGGAGAGAUGAAGGUCGUCAGGAUUCAUCAGAUUACACAUCACGUCUUCCUUUUCCUGCUGGUCACAGCUGCACAAUGUCAAGUGAACCCAGAAAUGUGUCGGUAUCCUCUGGGCAUGACCGGUGGGCAGAUUCAGGAUGAGGACAUCUCUGCAUCCAGUCAGUGGUCUGAGUCAACUGCAGCAAGAUUCGGCAGACUCGACCUGGAUAACGGAGACGGUGAUGGAGCCUGGUGUCCUGACAUCAUGUCAGAGCCAGACGGCCUGAAAGAGUACCUCCAGGUGGAUCUACGCUCACUGCACUUCAUCACACUAGUGGGCACCCAGGGUCGCCAUGCUGAUGGGAUGGGUAAUGAGUUUGCACAAAGAUACAGGAUCAAGUACAGCCGAGACGGCAGCAACUGGGUCGGCUGGCACGAUAGGAAGGGGAGGCAGGUGAUCGAGGGGAACAGGAAUGCAUAUGAUGUGGUGCUGAAGGACCUGGAGCCUCCCAUCAUUGCUCGGUUUGUGCGCUUCAUGCCUGUGACGGAUCACUCCAUGAUUGUGUGCAUGAGAGUGGAGCUCUACGGCUGUGAAUGGCUUGAUGGUCUGAUGUCUUACAGCAUCCCAGACGGGCACCAAAUGAUCUACAGAGGCCUGGAUGUCUAUUUUAAUGACUCUGUGUAUGAUGGAGCAUCAGCUGAAAGACUAACAAAGGGUCUGGGCCAGCUGACAGAUGGUACAUGGGGUCUGGAUGAUUUCCUCCAUAGCCACAUAUACAGCAUGUGGCCUGGCUACGACUACGUGGGCUGGAACAACAGAAGCUUCCCUAAAGGUUACGUGGAGAUGAUCUUUGAGUUUGACCAUGUACGCAACUUCACUUCGAUGAAGGUUCACUGUAACAACAUGUUCGGCAGAGGGGUGAGGAUGUUCAGACAGGCCGGCUGUUAUUUCCACUCAGGGUCAGAUUGGGAGGCCGAUCCUGUGACAUUCAGACCCACGGUGGACCGUGUGAGCCAGAGCGCCCGCUUUGUUACUGUACCACUUGGGGACCGCACAGCAAGCGCCAUCAAGUGCCGCUUCCACUUCAGCGAUACAUGGAUGCUGUUCAGUGAGGUGGCCUUCCAGUCAGGCUCUGCAGUCUACAAUAACUCUUUGAUUCCCCGUAAACAUGGACACCCAACAAACACACUACCAGCAGAUGAUCCGACUCAUAAAGUGGACGACAGCAACACAAGAAUCCUGAUUGGCUGCCUGGUGGCCAUCAUCGCCAUCCUGCUGACGAUCAUUGUCAUCAUCCUGUGGAGGCAGGUGUGGCAGAAGAUGCUGGAGAAGGCAUCUCGUCGAAUGCUGGACGAUGAGCUGACAGCUCGUCUUGCAAUCCAGACUCAGGCCUUCUCCUCCCAUCAUUCCUCGCUGACCAGUGAUGGUGGCUCUACCUCCAACUCAACCUAUGAGAGGAUCUUCCCCCUCUGCGCUGACUACCAGGAGCCUUCACGCCUCAUUAGGAAACUUCCUGAGUUCGCUCAGUCCACAGAGCACCUUGGCCCAAACUCCUCCAGUAAAGCUCUUGUGGCUGGCGUUGCAGACGGAGCCCCGCACUAUGCAGAGGCAGACAUCAUCAGUCUGCAGGAGUCUUCAGACAGCAGUGCUAACUCCAUCACUGCCUUCAGCAUCAAUCUGUUUUCAGGCACCGAUUCUUCAAUGAGAGAGUUCCCCAGGAACAAGCUCACCUUCAAGGAGAAGCUGGGAGAGGGACAGUUUGGAGAAGUACACUUGUGUGAGGCAGAGGGCAUGCAGGACUUCCUGGAUGAGGAUUUGGCUGAGGAGGGAAGCACUGUGUCACCUCUACUGGUGGCUGUGAAAACACUGAGGGAGGAUGCCAACAAAAAUGCAAGGAAUGACUUCCUGAAGGAGAUACGGAUCAUGUCUCGCCUGAGGGACCCAAACAUUGUUCGUCUGCUGGCGGUUUGCGUGGACACAGACCCUCUGUGUAUGAUCACUGAGUACAUGGAGAACGGAGACCUGAACCAGUUCCUGUGCAGCCUAAGGCGUAAAGAGGCGGCUGAAGACAAAACAGAUCAAGAGGACAAAGAGGGGAAGAGUAUGGUCAGUAAACUGAUCGGCAUGGCAGUGCAGAUUGCAUCCGGCAUGAAGUACCUGUCCUCUCUCAACUUCGUCCACCGUGAUCUUGCAACUCGAAACUGCCUGGUGGGUAAAAACUUCACCAUCAAGAUCGCUGACUUUGGGAUGAGCAGGAAUCUGUACAGAGGAGAUUACUACAGGAUCCAGGGCCGAGCAGUGCUGCCUAUUCGCUGGAUGUCCUGGGAGAGCAUCCUGCUGGGUAAAUUCACCAUGGCGAGUGACGUGUGGGCGUUCGGUGUGACUCUGUGGGAGAUCCUUACUCUGUGUAAGGAGCAGCCGUACUCUCAGCUCUCUGACGAACAGGUCAUAGAAAACACCGGAGAGUUCUUCAGGGAUCAGGGCAAACAGGUUUACUUGCCCAAGCCUCCCUGCUGUCCUGACAAAGUAUACAACGACCUGAUGCUGAGCUGCUGGAGGAGGAAUGCCAAGCAGAGGCCGAGCUUUCUGGAGAUCCACGCUCAGCUGACAGAGAGUCUGGUCUAGCAGACAAGACAGAUUGUCUCUCUCUGCCAUGCACUGUCACAUUUUGUCUCUUUAGUCUGGAUAUAUUUGGAGCCAGAAACAACCAAUGAAAUGUUAGCAAUUUCUUGCCAUAUUGGUGCUGUAAAUAAAAAGACGUGAGAAAAGGUAUACACUUGAACAGAGCUUUAAACUGUAGAUAUCAUACAAACUAGCACUAUUCACAUCUGUAUUUAUUAAAAUCGCCCUAUUUCCUGUCUUAUACCUAUUUAUACUGUACUUCAUUAUUAGUCUAGGUUUCAGACACAAUUUUGAAGAUAAUUUGUCAUUUACAAGUAUAACAUAUUUUUUUCUAGUGCACAUCUUUUAGUGAAUGUUGACAGUUGUGUAAUUUUAAUGAAUUUUAAUAUAUUUUCUCCUAAACUCUUAUAACAAUGAAUGACAAGGUAAUGUUUGUUGCUUGAAGAGACUGUUGUUUCACUCUGCAGCAGAGUACUGAAGUAUUUAUGUUAACAUGUAAAUGUCCUUAUGCAGAUAUAAAUGAAUUGUACAUUGUUGACUUCUGAAUAGAUGACAAAACCAAAGACCCUUGUAAAUAAUGAAAUAUUAGGAGUAACUGCAUUUUACAAAAAAAUCUAAAUCUUGACUGAAUUGUGUUAGUUGUAGAUGAAAAUAAACAUUUUGUAUACAGUAUAGUAAGCAUUUUAACAUGUUAUGUC